AUGUCUGGCAUAUUGGUCUCCCUUUGUCCAAGGGAGACCAGGUGCCAUUGGCUAAAAUACACAAUGGAUUCAUAUCUAAACGUUAGGGCUCUCCCCAAGUUGGUAACUACAACCACAUCAUCAAUCCUAUCGAAGUCGACUGCGACUUUAUCUAAACCGAAGCUGGCAGGGAGCCUACCCACAUUAUCAAGUGGAGCCUCAACAACUGUUUCAAGCUUGCUAUCAAGUUUAUCAUCUUCUACUUCAUCGGCGAUACCAACUAUUGUCCCACCUUCGGCUGAUAAUAACCCUUAUAUCUUAGGGAAAAGUAAGCACCCCGAUGGAACGGUGUUCAUAGCGGUGGGAACUCUGGUAGGAUUCAUAUUUUUAGCACUGUUAGUACGGUGGGUCACAUUAUCUGUCCUCUCUCGUAGAAACGCAAAGAGAUCAUCUUAUGAGCCUACAGACAGAGACUUUGUUUAUCAGCAGGGUUCCACCAAUUAUGAAAACCCAUUUUUGCUAGAUGAGGAGAAAUUAUCUUACGAUGGUGGAUUACUAGACGAAAAGCUUAGGAAAUCGCAGCUAAAUAUAACUGGAAGUCAUCAUCAUUUUAACUCCAUAACUUCCAAAUCAAUAGACUCGGAAAAUCAAGAAGAGUGUAGGGAAUAUCAUCAGGGCGGAUAUAUUACGGAUGAUGACGAUAAUUUCAUGGGUGCCGUCGAUCAUGCAAGAUUCAACCCAAUUCAAGAUCACAUUCCUUCUUAUUAUAACAAUAGGAAGUCAUUAUUUAUAUCCCCUACCUUAGAGCUUAAACAGAACUUGGACCCCAACCCAUUAUCAAACUUGAAUGAUCCAUUCAGGGAUGGAAGAAACGUUUCAAGAAUAUCCAUAGCAACAUACAACACUGUAGAUGACGACGUUGACGAUUUACUUUUAAGACCAGAAAGAAGUGCCUCCCCAGAAAGGAAACCAAGACAAUCUCCAAUCAGAGAAGGGUAUCAUAAGAGAAAUAAGUCCUCCUUGGGGAUGAUUGCUAAUGUAGGACCCUCUUCCCUAAAUGUUAACAUACCGGAAAAUUUGGAUUUUACACCAACAAAGAAAAAGGGCAGGAAAAUGGCACCAUCCGUAUACUUAGAGGACAUUCUUGGUGGUGACGAAACCUUAGAAUAA